UCUCUCAGCAACCAAAAUUGUUCAGCUGGUUGGCCUUGUCAUUGACGGGCGAUGAACAAAGAAUCCCUUCCAUCAAACAAUCCCAGCCACUCAAGUGGAUGACUUCUUCCCAUUGCAUAUGGCUGCUGGCUAUUUUAAUACAAACCAUCUUUUUGCAGGCAAAAUGCUCGGAUUUUCUGAUGGUUUCGAGCAUUUUUUUUCAGUGUUUUCCACUAAAGUCAUGUCCCACUAGAUUAUUGGUCUAGAUUGCUGUAAGGUAGGGCCCACUUGUAUGGGUUGCAAGUCCGGACAAGAAAGCCGCGAGGAGAUUCAUAGUUCAAGGGUUAAGUACUUGCUUAAGAGGGGGAAGCCAUACAUUUGGAUACAAGAGGAUGACUUGCACAACGUGAACACUAUUUUGGAUGAGCGUGGUUCUUUAUCCGUGACCAACAUCAUGCCAGGUCCACUAAUGAGCUUGCUGAGAUCUAUAAAAAAGUUACCAGCUCGGGUUGCUUUGGUGGGUGAUGUUGUGCCUCUUAAAGAUGAAAAGGUGAAAUCUGCUGCAGAAAUUCUAAGAGAAACCAUAUUGUCAGAACGAAAUGCAGUUAGUCGAGCCAGUUAUUCAGUUUCUGGUAUAUUAAGUUCUUCCAGUAUCAGUUGUAAUUCUAGAAGUGAAAAUCUCCAGGAGGUACUGGAAGAAAGUGAUACCUACGGAAUUUAUAAGUUUAAUAUUAGAUCAUGCACCUACAUUGAUGGUAGUGGAUGCACACAUGAUGUGGAUCCAGGCGAUUUUGAACUUUCUAAAUCAGAUCUAUUAUCACCAUUUUCUGAAAAGCUAAUUGACGGGAUCAAUCAAAGUCAGGCAAGGCGCAGAGCACUGAUGCUUUUCUGUUUUGUAUACUUAAACACAAAUGCCCGAGAUGCAUUUAUGGUCUCGGUGGACCGGAAAGGAUUUGAUGUCCUUGGCAAGGUCUCUGGUCAGAUCAACAAAGACGGUUUCAGUCAGUACGAAUGGAAGGAGUUCAGAUUCACUCUCAAAGAAGAGGCCCGUGACAUCGAAGCCUUCUGCCGGCAACUGGUUGAAAUGGAAGAGGAGGCUCUCAAGAAUGUCUCCAGUUACAGUGGCCUGGGGUUGGUUUGAAUCUCACAAUCAACUGAGCCAGGCAGCAGCCACAGAUCUUGCAGCCCGGGGCGUUUGAAUCUCACAAUCAACUGAGCCAGGCGGCAGCCAGAUAAGAUCUUUUGUUGGUGGUUUUGAUUCUAGUUUGGUGAUAGGAUUGUUGGCUCAGGCCUUUUGCAUUUUGUGUAGUUUGAUAUUAACAUUUACCUGUGUUCCUUCGUUCCGAUUCAGAAGAUUUUAUCAUUUGAGAGGAAUUAGGUGUGGUGUGCUUGGUAUAUACCUUUAUGUUUGUUACAUGCGCUUUGAGGAUGCAAAUUUGGAAAAUAUUAUCACA